AUGAGUAUAAAUAUUGAGAACCCUUUCCCUUUAAAGAAAUUAGCUGAAUCCCUGGGAUCUAACUCCACUCAACAAUCUGCAAUAUACUGGGAAAUUGGACACAGAACUUAUUUACCUUUCUUUAAACUAUUGUGGCCAACUUUUUAUCCUAAGGUUAUGGAUCAUAAGAUAAGGAAAUGGCUUGGAUUAGGUUUCCAAACAGAGUCAUUUCCAUUUGUAUUCUAUAGUGGAAGUGACAAUAUUAACUAUAGAAAAUAUUACGGGGAUCCACUAAUAUCCGAAAUAGUAUCUGUAGAUACAACCUACCACUUUUCUUUCUAUCCCAUAUCAAGAGAUAUAUGA